AUGGGACGAUCACAGCCGUCACUUGGCCUUGCCCCUCCGCCUCGGCGUAAGGAUGCACGGGCCAAAGCUGCAAGGCUGACGGCACACAAGACCAUCCCAGGGCUCUUGGUCGGUAAUGCGAGGGCAAGGAAAGGCGUGGAAAGCAGCGAGCUUAUCUUGGACGCAUCUGCAGUUGAUGCAGGAAUUAGCUCAAAAGGCACAGAGAGCAGAAAACACCGGCGAGAUGCGAGAGAGAAAGUCAAAAUUCGUGUGGUUGAGGGGGACACCCUGGUCGUUGCAAGGGCGUUGAGUCAAGCUUCUUCAGGGGGUAUUGACGAUGGAAAGUCGUCUAGACUUAAGAGUAACGUGGCAGUGCUGAACAUGGCUAGUCCCCUGCUGCCCGGAGGAGGGUUUCUCAACGGUGCAACUGCACAAGAAGAAAGCCUCUGCAAUCGAACGACGCUGUACCCGGCACUGAAGGACGAAUUCUACCGCUUGCCUGAAGUCGGCGCCAUAUGGACCGAGGAUGUAUUGGUGUUCCGAGACCACACUGGCAAAGAUCUGGGCAAAGGCGAUCGAUGGUGGGUUGAUGUUAUAAGUGCAGCCAUGCUCCGUUUUCCAGACGUGGAAGGCAUUGACAACGACAAGAAAUACGCCGGCCAGAAGGAUCGCGACACUGCCAGCAGGCAGAUCAAGUGCCUCAUGGACAUUCUACGAGCAAAGGGCGUCGAGAAGUGCGUGCUCGGCGCAUGGGGAUGUGGUGCAUAUGGGAAUCCCGUUGUCGAGAUUGCACGAGCCUUCAACAAAGUUAUCCUGGGUGAUGGCAGAGACAGCAAAGUGCCCGACUGGGCCAGCUUGAAAGAGAUCGUGUUUGCAAUCAAAGAAGACAAGCUGGCGUCGGAUUUUGCAAAGCAUUUUGGCAACGGCCUUGAAGUUGAGAGGCAGGCGCAUGGAGGAAAUCAGACAUCUAAAGAGAGCGAUGAUGGUGACACGGCCGGGCUCAGAGAACUCGAAGAUAAGAUCAAGGAGCUUGAUUUACGCAUCGACCAGUCCAAGAAUCCCUCUCUGAAGACAACCCUGGAGAAUAUCCGUGUUCAGCUGACGAGUCAACUGGAGAGGAAGAGAUCGGACAAUACCCCAGCGGGAGAGUCGGAUGAGGCAACCAGUGAGGACGAGGACGAGGACGACGGAAUCUCAGGGACAGAUUCGGCAUAG